CUUCCCUGGAACAUUUCCAAGAAGCUACUCAACAGAGCCAGUUCACCCACAGAGACUGACCUGAGAAUGAAUGAAAUCAAUAAACAGCUAGACCAGAUGAUCCCACACAGACGAUUCUCUGACAUGAACACCAUCACCAGUGCAGCCCACAGUGUGGUCACCAUUCUUAAUCCUCAGAAAACAUAUUGCAUUGGAGAUCAACUAGAUAUUCUCUUGGAAGUGAAAGAUCAUUUGGGCAACAGUAAGAAAUAUGGAGGGGAUUUCUUAAGGGCCAGGACUUUUUCCCAGGAAUUGAAAGCAGGUGCUAAAGGGAGAGUGACAGAUUUCAACAAUGGCACCUACCUCAUCAGCUUCCCUUUAUUCUGGGCAGGUAAAGCCUCUUUGUCUCUUCUGCUCAUCCACCCCAGUGAAGGGGUAUCUGCUCUCUGGAGAGCAAGGAGCAGAGGCUAUGAUAAGGUGAUUUUUACAGGUCAGUUUGCCAAUGGCACAUCCCCAGUCUUCACUGAAUGUGGUCUGGCUUUAGACACAAGUACUGAAUUGUGCCAGUACCUGGACUUCCGAGAUCAAGAAGCCUUCUACUGUGUGAAACCUCCACAAAUUUCCUGUGAUGCACUGAUAAAUAUGAAGACCAGAAAUAGUAGAGUUUCUUAUCUUGAUAAUGAGGAAAAAAUGCUUUUUCACAG